GUGCGGCCUGUAACAGGAGUAACAGGACGAUCAGAAUGACGGGAGACUCUUCUGAUAGAGUUCUGUUUUCGUGAUUCUAUCUCUCGAUUCAACAUAUAUAGUUGCAAUAACUACUUAUUAUCAUCCUUCUUUCCUGCCGCUGUGCUGGUUCAGAUUUGGGGACGUCCUUUGUCGGGUCGUCUUGUUCUGCGAAGCUUGUCAUCGUGCUGCAAUGAGGAGCCCCUGCGACGAUUCGGAUAUUUUAUCGCUCCGGCAACUUUGAUGUUCCAAAGAUGCGAUUCGACUUUAGCUUUCUGGCGCUGGCCGCCGUGGCCGGUGCGUCGACGCUCACUCCCAACGUCCUGCCGCUAAUCGUCCGAAACCCGUACUUGAGCACGUGGCUGUACAAUGCCCGCGAUGCGCCGUGGGAGAACUGGCCCAUGUUCUGGACGGGUGCUCCUGUCGGCUUCUCCGUCAUGGCAUCUGUCUCGGACACUGCCACCGUCUAUCCAUUACUGGGACGGCCUCACGACUCCCUGCCACGAGACGAUUCGAGCUACAAAGUUGUUUACCCCGAAUACCUCGGCGCAACAUUUGACGCGUCAACCACGAAUCUCACAUACCGGAUUCUAGGGAGGGUGCCGAAUCAGUCAGCGCGCUUGACCCUCUCGUUCCUGUCGCCCAUUACGCCCUCGUCGACGCUUAGGCAGUCCAUCCCGGCCGCCUACCUGACCGUCAUUGUCGAGGGAUGUCUCAACGUUAACAUCUACACGGACGCCAACGGCGAUUGGGUCACCGGGAAUAGGGACAACCUGGUGAGAUGGGAAUUGCAGAGGCUUUUCCGCUCACCGAGGGACGGGACCGACACGGCCCUCAAGUCGUGGAAGGUGGGCCGGGUUCACGAGCAGCUCUUCACUGAGUUUGCCGAUCGGGCCGAGUGGGGGGCCAUGUACUUUUCUGGCCCCGCCAAUAUUCAACACCAGAGCGGGACGUCUGCUCUCCUGCGCCGGCACUUCGCUGAGAAGGGAGGGUUGAAGAACGAGGUCGACAACAAGUUCCGCCGAGUGAUGGAGGACGAGCCCGUGUUUGCCUUCUCCAAGUCCAUCAAGUUGGCUGAUGGAGCGCGCCGAGGCUGCCCGAGAAAGAAGGACAGCGUCACCUUCACGUUUGCUCUCGUUCAAAACCCGAUUGUCCAGUUCGCCAGAGCAGAGGGCCUGGCCCCGAUGGGGCCGCUCUGGCAAUCCUACUUUGUCGACGCCGACAAGCUGAUCGCAUACCACUACGACGACUUCCAUACCGCGGCGGUCUUAGCUCGGAACUAUUCGGAUUCACUUGCCAUGGAUGCUUACAACUCCGGCUCGCAGGACUACCGGGACAUUGCUGCGCUCUCGGCCCGCCAGGUUCUGGGUGCGACUCAGUUCUCCGGGACACCGGACAAUCCCAUCAUAUUUCUCAAGGAAAUCUCGUCCAAUGGCAACUUCCAGACCGUCGACGUCAUCUUCCCAGCGUUCCCAUUCUUCCUGUAUACCAACCCAAAAUGGCUGGCGUACCUGCUCGAGCCACUCCUGGAACACCAGUUGAGCGGGCAGUACCCGAACGACUACAGCAUGCACGAUCUGGGCGCGCACUUUCCCAACGCUACAGGUCACCCCGACGGGAAGGACGAGUACAUGCCGGUGGAAGAGUGCGGCAACAUGCUCAUCAUGGGCCUCGCCCUCGCCAAUGCUUUGCGCUACGACACCGAACCUGCCUUCAUGAAGGCUACGGCAGGCAGCAACGCCGUAAUGCUCCCCUAUCCCGAGGAGUCGGAAACGUACAAAGACAGGUACGGGAUCAACCUCGACGGCAGAACAACCACUACAGACCGCGAAGUAGCCAAGAAAUGGCUGUCGCGGGCCUACAAACUGUGGAAGCAAUGGACGAGCUACCUCGUGCGGGAAUCGCUCAUUCCGCACAACCAGCUCUGCACCGACGACUUUGCCGGCUGGCUUGCCAACCAGACAAACUUGGCCCUUAAGGGCAUCAUCGGCAUCAGAGCCAUGAGCGAGAUUGCCGACCUGGUGGGCAACGACGAGGAUGCAAAGCACUACCGGGAUAUUGCGGACGAGUACAUGGACAAGUGGCAAGAGUACGGCAUCUCGCGGGAUCAGACGCAUGCCAAGCUGUCGUAUACGUGGUAUGGCUCGUGGACGACCAUCUAUAACCUGUACGCCGACUCGCUCCUGUGUUUCCAUGUAAAGAACGAUGAGGAUGCGCAUGACAGAACUGUGUCAGCGUCCGGCGAUGGUCAGAAGCCGAUUGCAGACGGCGGCGAUGGUGCGCGGAGGCAGCAGCCCCAGCUGUUUGUCCCCGACAAGGUAUAUCAGAUGCAGAGUGACUGGUACCAUGCUGUGCUGCAAAAGUAUGGCUUGCCGCUCGACUCGAGACAUCUGUAUACCAAGAGCGACUGGGAGUUUUUUGCUGCGGCGGUCACGGGCCGCAAGACGAGGACCGAGAUCCUGACGGCCGUGGCGAGGUGGGUGAACGAGACUGUUGUCGACCGGCCAUUUACGGACCUGUACGAGACCGAGGGUGACGGCGGGUUUCCGGGCAUCUCUUUCAUGGCGCGGCCGGUGGUGGGCGGGCACUUUGCCUUCCUAGCGCUGGAGAGGGCAUGCGGUGGAAAGGCGGUCGAGGCGCUGCGGUUCUUGGACGAGAGACGGCCUGCUGCCAUUGACGUUGAGAGCGUGCUGCAGGCGGAGAAGGAUCAAGGGGCGGGGGUCGGGCUAAGGUGGGACGAUCUCUGAUGGGGCGGGCCCACAGGCAAUGAUGUGGUGCGGUUGUCUGGAUGCCUGGGCGCGGUUGCGAUCAGGUUCAUGCGCAAAGUAACUGGCGGGGCAGGAGCGUGUCAGGGAGCGCAAGUAUCAUCGAGACAACCAAGGUUAGGUAGUAAUGUGUUCAACUACCGGUGAACCCGUCGUGCGGUGUUGCAAGCUCCAACCCUUUGGCAGGACGCGCGCGGCGACCAAAUGCUAAAUGAGUC